GCUGAAGGGGCGGGCCCAGCCGCUGCUACGCAGCCGGGGCCCUGCCACCCGCAGGUAUGCGAUGGUACAAUGUAGCUUGGCUGCUUUGGCUGCCUACCUUAGUGGAAAGCCGAAAGCUGACACAGCGUAGAGCAGGCUUCCUCUACAAGGAAGCCGCAGACGAAGGUGUAGAUGUUGCGGGCCAACUGCGCUUGAAGCUGAAGGCCAAAAGUUUCGUGAACCCCCACACCACAAUUGCUGAAGUGGGUGACGUUCGCAUCGUUGACUUCAACGGCACGUGCCUGACUUGCGGCAAAUCACCGUAUUGCGCGACGUUGAAUGCCUUCGACAAGGACACAGGACCUGAGAAGGCAUGCACUGGGACUAUGACACCUGGACAAAAGUUCAGCUGGACUGUGUCUGACAAGGAGUAUGACCUCCUGUUGACUAUGCCAAUCUCGUCUCUAGGUGACGACUUGAAUUUCGAGGUGCAGAUCUUUUCAGCAGUUGAUGCAUCAGGC